GUUAGGGCAGUCGGGCCAGUUUGGUAGAUCCCGGGGUGGGCGGGGAGCAGGAGGAGACUCUUCAAGUGCCUUUGGUCGUGGCUUUAAUAGUGGUGACGAUGACGAUGCAGACGGCUUGGGAGGCAGCAGCAUGGGCGCCGGAAGGAAACGCACAGGCUCUUCCUUCUCCUCCUCCUCCGCCUUUCCCCGCAGCAACAGCUUGGGAUCUCUUGGUGGGGAGGAUGAUGAUGAUGAUUUUGGUGGUGCUGGUGGUGCUGGUGUUGGUGGCAGGGGAAUGGGGGCUGGGAUGGGGAGUUUUGGAGCAGCAGGGGCAAGGGGAGCAGCAGGAGGAGCGGGAGGGGAUGAGGGGGACAUGGACUAUGGGGGCGAGGACGCUGCUGUGGGCACUGAUCCCACCAGCAGCAGCAGCAGCAGCAGCAGCAGCAAGGAAGGGGGGUCGUCUGGGGGUAUUUUGGGGUUCUUCUCUGGCAUGUUUGGUGGUGGGAAGAAGAGCAGUGCUGUGGAAGGGGCCACGGAUAGGGCUACUGGUGAAGGAAAUGUUGCUGGCUCAGCAGGUGAAGUGGAUGAGGAGGAUGGUGGUAUGGGCGUGGGAGGUAACAUGGGAGGGGGUAUAGGAGGGGUUACAGGAGGGGGUAUAGGAGGGGUUACAGGAGGGGGUAUAGGAGGGGGUAUAGGAGGGGGUACAGGAGGGGGUAUGGCACGGAGCAGUAGGGCAUCGGGGUUUGAAGAUGGGGAUGAGGACAUGGAGAGCUGGCAGGGAACGGGCGCAGCAGCAGCAGGUGCGAGUGCAGCAGGCACCAGCAGUUCUCGUGGCAUUGGCAGCAGUGCAGACAGCGACUUAGAGGAUAGCAGUAGUGGCAGCAGCGGCGGCGGCGGCGGCAGCAGCAGUGGCAUUGCUGGCAGUAAGGGCAGCGGGUCAGGCCUGUGGUCCUGGUUCUCAAAGAAGAGCACUGGUGGUGACAGCAGCACAGCUGUUGAUGCUAGCACUGACACACCACCAUCAGCAGCAGCAGCGGCGGCAGGAGCUGCAGCAGGGGCAGGUGGUGGUGAUGCCGAAGACUUUGAUGAUGAUGGGCGGGUGGGAGGGGCAACUGGAAGUGCAGGAAGGAUGGGAGGUAUUGGGGUUAGAGGUGUAGGCGUGGGGGGGAGAGGCAUAGGCAUGGGAGGUGCUGGUGGUGGUGCUUUGCAACGGGGUGGUUCGGUGGGGGAGAGCGAGGACAUGGAUGGGAUGGAGGGAGGCAGGGCGGACCAGGUACUGGGGCGUGGUGCAGGGAGGAGCAGGGUGGGGGGGAGAGCAAGAGGGCUGCCGGACAGGGAAGGCAUGGAAGCAGGAGAUGGCAUGGGGGGUGGUGUGGUAGGGAGAGGUGCGAGGAGUGGGUCCAGGAUGGGUCGGAUGAGCCGUGGUGUUGGUGGUGGUGCUGGUGGUGCUGGUGCUGGUGUUGGUGUUGGUGUUGGGGGUGCCGGUGCUGGUGGAGCUGGUGGGUUUAGAAGACCGGGUGGGGGGCUUGGUGGUCGUGGCAGGGGUCGGCCCAUUCUGGAUGAGGAAUGACAAUUGCGUUGGUUUACAGGUACACUUGUUUGUGCUGAAUAUGAUUGAACAUGAAAACAAAAAAGCGCUUAGGGAUGAAAAUAGUGUUUUUCACUGUCUACUAUCCAUCUUAUCCAACCUGAAAACGCUUCUAGAUUGUAGGUUGUUUCACAUUAUUAUCCAUAAACUG